AUGAACAAUUUUCAGUUAACUUCCGGUGAUUUUGUCAAACUAUUCACUGAUCGUGCUAGAUACAAUAAUCCACACAAUGGUGUUUAUCAAGUUUCCAAUACGAGAAAAUCAGAUGCUCAUAAUUCGAACAAGAAAAACCUGGUUAUGAUGUCUGACGGUACUUACCAUAUGAAAGCCUUACUAAGAGAUGAAGCUGCCUCAAAGUUUUCCUCAAUGGAUUUGAAAAGAGGUGAUAUUAUUCGUUCCACGAGUACCGAACCUGUAGUCGUGAGAGAAAAGAAGAAAUUUGUCAUUAUUAUCCAUGAUUUUGAAGUGGUGCAAACGGGUAUGGAUAUGAUUAAUGAUUCUACAAAAUUUAUUGACUCAUAUUUCAGCGAACAUCCAGAACUUGUCAUCAAUGAUAGUGAGUCAGGUGAACCUCCUUCUGCUGCUGCUGCCAAUUACAAUAAUCCAGUUCAACCACCAGUUCCACAACAACAAAAUCAACAAUCUGUAUUCCAGCCUUCAAGUGGUACCUCUCAAAAGAGCAAACCUAUCUUUGCCAUCGAACAAUUAUCACCAUAUCAGAAUAUAUGGACAAUUAAAGCCAGAGUCUCUUAUAAAGGAGAAAUUAAAGAGUGGAAUAACCAAAAGGGUUCAGGUAAACUUUUCAAUGCUAAUUUCCUUGAUACUUCAGGUGAAAUUCGUGCUACAGCUUUCAACGAAUGGGCAGUAAAGUAUUCAGAAAUUUUACAAGAGGGUAAAGUUUACUACAUUUCAAAAGCUAGAUUGCAGCCAGCAAAGCCACAAUUUUCCAAUCUUUCUCAUCCAUACGAAUUAAGUUUAGAUAGAGACACCCAAAUAGAGGAAUGUUUUGAUGAAAGUAAUGUUCCUAAAACCCAUUUUAAUUUUAUCAAAUUAAAUAGUAUACAAAAUCAGGAAAACAAUUCCACUAUUGAUGUUAUUGGGAUCAUUCAAACCGUAGGACCACAUUUCGAAUUAACAUCAAGAGCGGGCAAAAAAUUCGAUCGCCGUGAUAUAACUCUUGUUGAUGAUUCCAAUUAUUCCAUUCCUGUGGGGUUAUGGAAUCAACAAGCAAUUGAUUUUAAUUUACCUGAAGGAUCAGUGGUAGCAAUUAAAGGCGUUCGUGUUUCAGAUUUUGGAGGUAAAACAUUGUCCAUGGGAUUUACUAGUACCCUUGUACCAAGUCCUGAUAUAAAUGAAGCAUAUUCCUUAAAGGGCUGGUAUGAUUCUGUUGGCCAAAACAGUAACUUCACCUCCCUAAAGCAAGAGGCGGACGGUUCAAGCUCUGUUAAUGGUGGUGAAAAUGCGACAAAGUUUAUCUCCCAACGUAUAACAAUAGCCAGAGCACAAGAAGACAACUUAGGAAGAAGUGAAAGAGGCGAUUUUUUCAGCGUGAAAGCAGCAGUUAGUUUCUUGAAAGUUGAUAAUUUUGCGUAUCCAGCGUGCUCUAAUGAAGGUUGUAAUAAAAAAGUGCUGGAACAAUCUGAUGGUACAUGGAGAUGUGAGAAAUGUGAUAUAAAUAAUCCUUCACCAAGAUGGAGAUAUGUGUUGACAAUUUCUAUCAUGGAUGAGACUAAUCAGUUAUGGUUAACGUUAUUUGAUGAUCAAGCUGAACAAUUAUUAGGCACAAGUGCAAACAAGUUGAUGGAAUUAAAGGAGACUGAUCCUAAUCAAUUCACUAAAGUCACUCAAGCUAUUCAAAUGAACCAAUAUGAUUUCAGAAUUAGAGCUAGGGAAGAUAAUUACAAUGAUCAGACCAGAAUUAGGUAUACUGUGGCGUUCUUACACAAGAUAAACCAAAAAGCAGAAGCUGAUUAUUUGGCGGAUUAUUUAUCAAAAUCUUUAGUAGUAUAA